AUGGAACGUGAGUAUAUGGACAAGAUCAACCAUUACUGUCAAAAGCGGAAACUUUACCUGGAUUAUGUCGACGUCGGGAUGACCGGCCCAUCUCAUCAUCCUGAGUUCACAGUUGUGGUUAAAAUAAACAAUGUAGAAUAUGGUACAGGCACUGGUAAAAAUAAGAAGGAAGCAAAAGCAGUAGCAGCAAAAAAAACCUGGGAAAUGAUUGAGAAACAGCCAGAGAGUCCUUCAAACAAGCAAGAUGCAGAAUUAAUGACAAGUCCAGGGACCUUAUUACCUGGACCAGCCAGCGACUAUGUCAGCCAACUAAAUGUGUACGCACAAAAGACGUCGCAAAUAGUUGAUUAUCCUAACAAAACACGUACUGGAGACGCCCAUGCUCCCACGUUUUCCUGUAGCUGUACAAUUAGUGGUUUUGUGUAUGGACUUGGCACUGGACCUUCUCUAGCUGCUGCAAAACAAGCUGCUGCAAAAAAAGCACUUGAGAAGCUAAAGAAGGAAGACACUCCAACAAUGAGAAGUGAAAAAUCUAACGGCGAUUCUACAUUUAGCGAACGUAGUAAUUCCUCUCGAGUGCCAACUCAGUCUGACUCGGAUCUAUUGUUUUUCAAUAACAGCAGUAUUUGCUUUGAAGACUCAUCUGCAAAGUUGGUAGAAAAAAGGAAAGACAUGGCAGUGUGUGAAAAGCCUUCACCUUCUCAGAGAUACGCACAAAGUUCUGCCCUGAAAUCCAGAAGAAAAUUGGCAGCUAAUUUUGGUAAUGCAAGAAACAAGGAAGAGAAAAAAAAGAUGUCAGAUUCAGAUGAAAAUUUGCCAGAUUUGGACACAAAUACCAGUGAGGAGAAUGAAAGUCCACACACUGUGAAUAAAAGAUUUCUUGAGAGUUUUAAAAAUAUAGAGCCUAUCGGUGAAGGUGGUUUUGGGAAUGUUUUCAAAGCAACAGCAAAGCUUGAUGAGAGAACCUAUGCAGUCAAACGAGUUCACUUUACAGAGAAUGUAAGGCGUGAAGUAAAAGAACUUGCAAGACUUGAGCACGAAAACAUAGUGCGGUAUUAUUGUAGCUGGGAAGGGUAUGACCAUGUAACUUAUCCAGACUCAAGGCAGAAGUCAAAGAAAGAAAUUCUCUGUCUUUUCAUCCAAAUGGAAUUAUGUGAAAAAGGGCCAUUGGAAGACUGGAUUGAAAAGAAUAGACUAGACCGAAAGUAUCAUGAGAUGGCACAAAACAAAUUUUUACAAAUACUGGAAGGAGUGAAAUAUAUUCAUUCUGAAGGGUUAAUUCAUCGAGACCUCAAGCCUCAGAAUAUAUUCGUAUCACAUGAAGAUAAGAUAAAAAUAGGUGACUUUGGUCUUGUGACUUCUGUGGCGUAUGAGACUCUGACUGAGAACAGAGGAACAAAAUCAUAUAUGGCACCAGAACAGAUUGGGGUCAAAUAUGGAAAGGGAGUAGAUAUUUAUGCACUGGGAUUGAUUUGGUUUGAAAUUCUUUCGGCAUUCACUCAUCAUGAGAAAAAUAAGGUAUGGCGUUAUGUUAGAGAAGGUAAUCUUCCACAGAGCUUCACCAAGCACUUUCCAACAGAGGCAUCCAUAAUCAAAAAGAUGCUUUCAGGAGACUCUUCAGGAAGAUACUCUGCAUCUGAAAUACUUGAGCUUUUAAAGUCUGUUGAUAAAGACAACUCACUUAAACCUCAUACUCAGUAA